GCCAAAGGAGGGGUCAUGAGCAUUGUCAUCCUGGGGUCGGGGACAUUGGUCAUGUCAGGGUCUGUGCUGGGCAGCAUCGGGCAGGCACCCCUUCGGGGGAGGUUUUCUGCGGCUCACCUACCUUUCCCUGGUGUUUUUCCCCAGCUCAUGUGCUCCUCAGUGCAGAAGGCCUUGUUUGAGGAGGAGGACCAUGUCAAGAAACUGCAGCAGAAGGUGGCCACUCUGGAAAAGCGGAACAAACAGCUCCGGGACCGGGUGAAGAAAGUCAAGAGGUCUUUGCGGCAGGCACGGAAGAACGGCCGCCACCUGGAGCUGGUGAACCAGAAGCUCAGCGAGAAACUGGCAGCCGCAGCCGGUGCCAUCCCACACAUCAACGCCCUGGGGCAGGAGCCUGCAGGGGCCACCUACCUGCGGGGGUAGCAGGGACUGGGCAGUGGCCUCACCCAACCUGUUGGGGCACGUUGCCUCUUGCCAGGGAGUGAAAGUGAUGCUGGGUUUGGUUGUGCGUGUAUUUCAAGAAAUCUUGUACAUUCUAUUUUUAUUCUGCAUUUGGUAGUAUGUAGUUGAUUUAAAGGGCAAGUCUUGCUAUCUCCUUGUUUGCCUCCCUCCUGCCCCUUGUUGGUGCUUGGAAAUCUGGAGGCAGUAGGAUUCUGGAGUGCCAUUUGCUUGCCUGGGGCCUGACCUCAGCUUCCAGAACAGCCUGGAAAAUGCACUUAGUGGGGAAGGACAUUUUAGAAUCUCUAGAUGUACAACACAAGAGGUUCAGCCUUUGUUUCAAGAAGAGAGGCAGUGUACCCUCAGCUCUGAGCUCCGGGACAACCAUUAGUUUUGAGGAAUGAUCUCAAGCAAGUCAUGGAAUUUUCUGGUGUCUCAUUUUCCAGCUCUUUGGAAGGAGGAUGGCAGCCUUGCAAAGCACCCAUGAAUGCCUGUAAGCAAACAUGUGCAGGGCAUUCCUACUCCAGCCAGCCUUUCUUCACAGCUGAGGCAUAUUAGGACAUAAUGAGCUCAUCACAGGUGAGACGGCCCACUGUGAUGUGAACUUCUGUUCUAUAAAGACACCUCGUUACCUGUUGAGAUCAGGUAACCUGCCCUCCUUACUAUCCAGGCUCCCAAAAGGCUUGUCCCAGGAAGCUCCAGGUAGUUUCACUGUAAACAUCUUUGCCUCAGACAUUUUCAGGACAAGGCAAUUUUACUGUAAAAGAUGAAACCACACUGUCAGCCAGUAUUUUAUUUCUUCAUUGACAAACUUCCCAUUUUUAUAUUACAUUAAUCUUAGCCUUCAUGAUGGGGUAUAUAUACAGUGAUGAGUAGACAUGGUGGUCUUAAAAUAGUGAAUGACAGCAACUAUGUCUAUUGACUUGACAGAAAAUAUGGUGAUAAAACUUACUGGAAGUGUGAACUCAGAGAGUGGAAAGCCCGACUGCAAACUGUACUACAUGGGAACACCAUAACUUACCAGUCACAGUGAUAACAAAGCUCAGUUGCAAAUGCAUUACAGCAUUAGCAUGUCUUCCACAUUUCCCAUAGAACUCUGGCACCUCUGUCAAUGGGCAUGUGACUGUAUUCCAAGAAUGGAUGACUGUGUAGAAGGCUUCCCCAGUGCAACACAAAGCUCAGUUACAAAUAUGCAUCUUAGUGUUUGGAAAAUGGGUAUCACUCUUAAAAUAAAAAAGUAAAAGAGGGACUUAAAAAAUGAGAUAAUAAAACAUGAAAAAAAUUAA